UUUGCUCCGUAACCUCCGUAUUCUAAUGAAUUUAAACAUAAUUUUCAUAUAUAAAAUAUGAUCAUUGGAUAUGACUAGGAUUAACCCCAAGUAUUAUACUGCUAAAUAAUCGAAAGUUUUGCGGAUCAUAUUUUUAAUAAUCUUAAUCAAGUUAAUUAGAAUAUAUUAGCAUAACGUUAUGUGAAUCUCAUUGCUAAUUCAUCCAACAAAUUUAACUUGUUUUCUACUUUCACACUAUUUUUGGGUGGCAACUCACCAUGAUGCUUUUUAAUGCGAAUAAGAUGUAGGUAUAUGAACGCGCUGAAUAUUUUGUAUUAUGGUACUUCUCAAGAGUAAGCAGGACAAGUAUACGCAUACAAAGAAAAGCGCAUUUUCACGCCAUGAAGCAAAAUAAUAGUGCACAGAUUGAGUACAAUUUUAUGUCUCAUUUCAAUUCAACUUAAUACUUGUUCAAUUUCGAGCUGCAUUAUUAAAUUAAAAUAAAAUUUAUUAUUAGUACUAUACAAUUAAAUAAAUUGCAACUGUGAUCAAUCAAUAAGGGGAUUGUGAGAAAGUAUAUUGGGAAGCGAUUUGCCAAAUAAUUAAAAAAUUUUCUCGUGAGGGAAAGGCAUAGAAUUUGGAAGCCGAAACGACUGCAUUGUAUCCAAAAGACGACGACGACAGUGAAAAAGAAGAAGACGGUGAAGAAGAAACGAGGGAACCGGAGAAACGCCAAGAAAACGUUGAUUGAAAUAACUUGGACAACAAAAGAUUUUACAGAUUUUUAACCCAUUUCUGUUGAUAUAACAGGAAUAGUGCUUUAGAUUCAAUGAAAAUCGCGUAGAUAUCAACUAUAAACUAAAAUAAACACAUGCUGUAUAAUUAAACAACAUUAAGCUAAAGCAAUACUUUGUGCAUUACAAAACCUAUUCAUAAACCACACGCUUCUCACAUCAAAAAAGAGCUAUAAAUUGCUCGAAUAUAUUAUCGCACUCGGUUAUUUCAACAAACUGGCGAUUCAACCGAGGGACAUUUACCGUCAUUAAAGAUUCGAAAAAUUAUCCACCGAAAAACGGAGCACGUAAUAUUUGGUUCUAACCCUUAUAUUGUCUAUUGAACGGAUCGACAUCCGCAUACUCUGACUUUUUCUUGUGAAUCAAUUAUAGUAAAUCCAAAAAUCCGCAAGAGAGCGAAAGUUUAAAAGAAAAACGCAAUGGUAAUGGAUGCAACUCAAUCACAACAGCCAUCUCCACAAUCUGUUGGCCGCGAAUUUGUGCGCCAAUACUAUACAUUGCUUAAUCGUGCACCAAGUCAUUUGCAUCGUUUUUAUAAUAACAACUCAUCAUUUAUACACGGCGAAUCAACUUUGGUAGUGGGUCAGCGAAAUAUCUACAACCGCAUUCAGCAGCUAAAUUUUAAUGAUUGUCAUGCCAAGAUAAGUCAGGUGGAUGCUCAGGCCACACUAGGUAAUGGCGUUGUCGUCCAGGUUACCGGCGAAUUGUCCAAUGAUGGUCAGCCAAUGCGUCGUUUUACGCAAACUUUUGUGUUAGCAUCGCAGUCUCCGAAAAAAUAUUAUGUUCAUAACGAUAUUUUUCGUUAUCAAGACGUGUUUUCGGAUGAAGAGAACGAGGCAGAAACCCGUACGGAACAUGAUGAAGAUCAUGAACAAUCGCAACAACCAGCUGCUACUUCUGCCGGUGCUCCUGGCAAUGAACAAGUCGGUUCAAAUUUAGUCGCGGCUAGUGGAGCUGCUACUGCUGAACAACAACAGCCCCCACAACUGGCUCAACUGUCCACACAGGUAGUGAAUGCAACAACUGGUACAAGUGUAUUGCCACAGCAACAAACAGGCGCACAGCCAGCCGUUGGCGGACCACCACAACAAGCCAUUUACUAUUCGGUGCCAACCUCUGGCGGUCGUCCAGUUCCCUUAUUGACUGGCACUGCACCACAGGCAACUGGCACUGUGUCAUUUCCAGCUGCCGCUCCAACAGCUGUUGUAUCGCAGCAGGUUCAGCUAAAUGGUGUAGUUGGUCAUGAGGAUCUCUUAUCCACUGGAAAUCAGCAGCAACAGCCAGGACAAGGACAACAACAGAUUGUUGGACCGUCUGCUUCGCCUGUAGCUCAGCAGUCUACAAGUAUAACUGUAGCUACCCCAGUACUUACUGGCCAAACUGGUUCAGCUGCUGCACUAACUUCUGUUCCCGUUGCAGUGCCGCCAACUGCAAAUAUUCCCGGCUUCCAACCAUCUCCACUACUGCAGUCUCAAGUUUUACAACAACCACAACCUUUGCAACAACCAUUGAUCCAACAAACGCAGAGCACUCAGCAAUCAUCGAUUGUGGAUUUGGAAGAUGGCGUAAUUAGUUCCAGUUUGACCAGCAAUACUGAAUCAGUACCUCGCUCGGGUUCAGCCGGUUUACUGGCUGCAUCUGAUAACGUACCAGUGGUUGACGAUUUUAAAACGAUUAAUGAGCAACAACAGCAGGAGAAAUAUGAAGCUGCUAAACAACAACAGCAGCAACAAAAUGAGAUCAAGACAUACGCAAACCUGUUUAAGUCGACUUCGUCAUCGCCCAGCGGUUUCGUUACUGCCGCUAUGCAACAACAACAACAAUUACAGCAGCAGCAACAACAACAAACAUCCAAUAAUGCUUACCAUUCAGCGACCACUAUCUCCAGCACAACCUACUCACAGUCCAACUCCAAUUCAACCUCAUCACUCUCGGUCUACAAUAACCGCAAUAGUGAAUCUUCCUCAUUACGUCUUGACAGCAACACUAUGAGUUCAGUUACACAAGGAGGCCCAUUGCCUCAACGCAAUAAUGCAUCCCGAAUCAAUAAAGAAUAUGAACCACGCCGCACAAGUAAUGCCCAGCAAUCGGACAACCAGCAACUAUUUCUUGGAAAUAUACCGCAUCAUGCCUCAGAGGAUGAGUUGAAGGCUUUGUUUGGACGUUUCGGACAUGUUCUGGAAUUGCGAGUUAUGUCAAAAGCUAAUGGGAAACUACCACCCGGCGUAAGGAAUCCUCAGAAUUUUGGCUUUAUUACUUAUGAAGAUCCGGAGUCAGUUCAGAACUGCUUAGCAAAUUGUCCGCUUUACUUCCCAGAAAACUCUCCUGACGGCCAGAAAUUGAAUGUUGAAGAAAAAAAGCCGCGUCCAAUGCGCCCAAAUAACGAUAUGCCGCCACGACAGUCAAUGGGAGGCAACAGCAUGGGCGGGAACAUGAAUAAUUCGCAACGUAACAUGAGUGGGGGUCCUCAGUCUCGUUCACUAUCCAAUUCUGCCGGUGGCGGAACUAGCGGCGGCAUGAUGAGAAAUACUGGCGGCAGUAGUGCCAACAGCAACAGCAUGUCCCGAGGCCAAUCUAGUGGUGGUGGCCCACGCCUCAGUGGCGGUUUCAAUCGCAACGAGAAUCGCAGCGGUCCAACGAAUGGCAAUGGCCCACAAGUACGCGGAGGCAAUCAAAACAGUGCACAGUCUUCAGGAGCCAGCGGCGGCAACAGCUAUGGCACACGGCGCUAACCAUUAAUAUUUUUCUAUCAUCCACAGCAGCAGACAUCUCGCUACAAUACAGUAACUGCUGCUGUUGCGACAACGCCAACGCCAUCAACACCACCAGUACAGAAACAACAACAACCGCAGUAAUCUUUAUAAGAUUAUAUUAUUCUAAAACUGAUUUUUGUUUUAGUAGGAAUAUUUAAAUUUGCCUGCGUAAUAAUUGAAAACCAAAUCAAGUCCAAAUCUGUAGUUUGCGAGAAAAACAAACAACUCAUGCAAUCAUGAUCGUUUAAUAUAUCGAUUACAAUUUUUGUUGUUCGUUAAAUUUGGCGCUUUCUACAAUCACUUGUUCUCUCAAAUUUUUUUUUUUAUUCAUCGCUCCCUUUCAUAACAGUAAAUCGUUUUCCUUUGUAAUACAUAUAUCACAAAAUUUAGUUUAUUGUUUUAUAUAUUGAAGUAAAUUUUUAUUUAAUAUUUUAAUUUAUACUAACAAAGGAAAUAAAAGAAAACCAUUCUUCUCUUGAACCCAAUAUACAAAUAAAACAAACUUCAUUAUCAUGUACGUAUUUUAAUUUUGAUACUUUUAUUUUUAAACAAAACCACUUCCCCAAUCGUAAGGAUAAAAAAUCGUAGCUUACAAUAAUCUAAACUAAAAAUUUAUAAACUUAAUAAAACCCAUAAGCUAAUUAAAAAAUAAAAGAUGCAAUAAAAAGCAAAAGAAAGACUUGUAAAUCCGAAUAAACACGUUUAAACAAAUAAAAACUAAACUUAAAUAAGUAAUAAUAUUCGUACGUUUAUAAAAAUAAAAUCCGAAAAAAUCGAAAAAUGCUAAAAAUUAAAAAAAAAAAAGUUCUGUAAAAAGCUAUGUAAUCAAAUUGAUUUAUCUGAAGGAGAUUUGAAAAAUUAUCAUUUCAAAAAUCAAAACUCUUUAUAAUUGGUUAGAGUUCAAAAGAUAAUUUAUUUUUAUAAAAGGUUGCUGCAAAACAAAACAUAGUGAAUGCUCCAACAAAACGUAUAUUAUUUUAAACUUGUUUUUUUUUUUUAUUAUCAUUGAUUAUUUACUGAAAUGCAUAAAGCAUUUGAUUUCUCGUGAAUUUAUACAAAAAUUGUCAGUUUAAACGUUACAAAUCUGUUUGGUUUCUAUUGCUUUAUACGGAACGAGAAAUGCUUGGUUAUUAUGACUUAAAAUGAGUGUCUGUUUUAUUUUUUAGUCUUGCAAAAUCUCUUCUCUUUUCAAUGCGUACUUCAUUAGGUGUAAAUAAGCUGAAUUGUUACACUAUAUUCAGCUUUGAACUCAUAUAAUUGAGAGGUAAUUAUUAUAUAGCUCGAGUGCUUAUGCAUCCUCAGUACCAUGCAUGCUAAUAUUUUACCGAUUGAAUGCUAAUUCAUAAAGAACGUGCAAAUCGUUGGAACACAGCAUUUACAAAAAAAAGCUAUUUUCAGGUCGUAAACGUUUUAUAAAACUUAUUAUUUAUAAAUUCAUAAAUCAAUGGAGUGAAACAUAACUUAUAACAAAACUAAGUAUACAUAUAUCUUGAGAAUCGUUAUAAAAUAAAAUUAUUUAAAUAUGA